AGAAUGACAUGAGAUGAAGUUGGCAGAUUGCCUUCAGAAACACCCUGCUGAGGUCAUGAUAAUUUGGAUGUGGUGCCCAGAUGUAAAUGUACAUAGAGAUGGAGACCAUAAUUAAACAAUUUGUCUGAAACGUGGUCUUGAACACAUGGGAAAGAUUAUUCCAAUGAUUUCUGAAGAUCAUGCUGUUGGACUGACCACUGUACAAUCAGAGGGAAUUGUUUAAAGGACGAAAUAAUUAAUUAACCCUCUUUUAAGGGUCCGCAGUAAAGGAGAAGCAUUUGUUAAGGCAAAAUAAUUGGCAAUGUAGCAACUGUACCUAGAAAAGUGCCAUUUUUAUCAUGGAGGCUACAAAAACCUCAGUAGAACCAGAGUGCUCCGAGCUGAUUUUCAAUAUAAAAAAUGACGAAAAACACUUGCCGUCUGAGAUGACCCAGAGAGGCCAAUCCUCUGGCUCAGAGGGGAAAAAAAGACUUGCAGAGUCACCUCAGACAGGGGCUGUAAGUCCAUUUCUUGGUAUGGAGCCACAGGGCUUUGCUUCAGGAAAUACUCUCACCUCAAAAUCUAGAGAACACGGUCACAUCCACCUCAGGAGGAAGACUUUUCCUCCCCCAGACAAGCAAUGUCUUCAAUCAGAAUCUGAGGGGCUGCAGAAAAAGGAGCAAAAAUCUGUUAAGACUGGGAAGUAUGUAUGCCAAUAUUGUGGGAGAGCUUGUGCCAAACCCAGUGUACUAAAGAAGCACAUCCGUUCUCAUACUGGCGAACGACCCUAUCCGUGUAUUCCUUGUGGUUUCUCAUUUAAAACCAAGAGCAACUUGUACAAACACAGAAAAUCUCACACUCAUGCAGUCAAAGCAGGGUUGAUGUCGUAUUUAGGACAAGACAGCAAGCAUAUGGGUAUGGAGGAGGAGCUGACAGUUGCAAAGGGUGAUAUGCAUUCUGAUGUGGAGCAGAGCACGGACACGGAUGAAGAGGUUGUGGAGGACUUGGCCUUGGAUGCAACAAGGCAUAUAAAAGACACAGAGGCUGUCAUACAAGACAAGUGGGAAAAAUUGGCAAAGAAAGAAGCUGUGAUGCUCUCCGUUCAGAGUUCAAAAACUGCCUCAUCGGGAAAAGUAUCUUUAAGGGAGUUCCGGGAACUGAUGGCACCUGUCGCAAUUGCUCAGGUGGACCAAAUGGUUGAGUUCUCUACCAUCAAGCAAAGACUGGCACUUAGACUUUCAGACAAGAAAAGUCAAGACUCCGAUCAGUCUCUUUCUCUUCCCAGCUCUUACAGUAAAGGGAGCACUGAUUCUGGCUAUUUCUCACGUUCGGAGAGUGCCGAGCAUCAGUUCAACCAGUCAAGUGCAAGUGCAAAGUCGUAUCAAGAAAUUAUGUUUGGAAAAUGUUACAGACCAACCACCAGGCCAAAGCAAUCAAUCACUGUACAGACCUGCAUGACAGACAUAAAUGAGGCAACAUCAAGUUUUAUGAUUAAACCGAACAAAGGCAUGAUGCCUGGUGACACAGAAUCGUCUGUACAUAGUAGCAAAAAAGACCUAGACCGAUCAAUAAAAAUUGAUUCAGAGUCUUUCCAAGAGGAAGAUUAUCAAGAUUGUCAAAUCCCUGCAAGCACUGAUCUUCUUGAAAUGGCAUCAGAGAGUAGCGUGUUCUUGCGCAGUAACUCACUUCCAACCUCAUCUAAUUCAAAUCUGGAUCCACCACAAGGCUUAAGAAGCAGUAAUUCGUUUGAUGAGAGAAUGACAGGUGCUGAUGUCACCUACCGGGGACCUGUGGGAAUGCGAAGACUAAUGCGGCAAGCUGCCUUUGAGCACUCUGCUAAUGAAGGUCAUGCAGAAUCAGACUACUAUGCUCAUCUAGCUUGUAGCUUAAAAUCAGAUUUGAAAAUUCACACCAUUGAUGAUUCUACAAUGGGUAUGGAAAACUAUCUAGAAACUGAGUCAUGUCCGAUUUCCCAAAGCCAUAUGUCAGAAACUUCAAGGAAACGUAGAAAAGACAAGCAUGUCAUGGAGGAGGAAGAUUUUCAAAUCCAAGACAAGCCCUCAGACAUGUCUGAGACAAAGGAAACUGUCUUUAAUACUGCCUUCUGUGACACUGAAAGAAGAACUGGCAGCAAUGUUAUCUCUGUAAUUCAGCACACAAAUUCAUUCAACUGGCUAAGCUCCUCAACUGACAUUAGGUCAAAUCCAUUGAACGCAGUUGACCUUUACAAUUUGACAGAAAAGGAACAUAGCAUAGAGGGUAACAGAAAUGAUCCCAAUCAUGGCUCAGAAGGAAUAGAAUGGCAAUGGGGAAGCAGCGGUCUACUGCACCAGAAACUUCACUUGGCUAAACAACCAACAUCUCAUCUCAGUAUCCAAGUCCCAGAGAUUAGAGUAACUGUGGAGCCUGACAGACCAGAAAAAAUUGCGGAUGUAGGGGUCAGGCAAAGGGAAAAGCAUACUGAAGAGUUUCAGUGGCCACAGAGGAGUGAGACACUGUCACAGUUUCCAAUAGAAAAACUGCCUCCCAAAAAGAAACGUUUGCGUUUAGCAGAGAUGGAGUGUUCUUCUGGAGAAUCUAGUUUUGAAUCUGCUUGCACGAGUCUCUCCAGAAGCCCAAGUCAAGAUAGCAAUUUGUCUCACAGCUCAAGCUUUUCCCAGUCACUUGACAGAGAGGAGAACCUUAACAUUGCAUCCCAAACCAACCCAGAUGAGUUUAAUAGGCCAUUGGAGUUCUUAUCGGUACCAGGUAGUUCACAGAGUCGUCACAAAGAGAUGAGACGUUCUGCAUCAGAGCAGGCACCUUAUAACGUACACGUAGAGGUUCCAGAAUUUCGAAGCAAGUCUUUUGACUAUGGUAGUCUGUCUCCUACAUUUAGGCAGGAAGAGGUUAAAGAGCGUAGAAGGUGCUUCUUAGUUAGGCAGGCAUCGUUAAGUGGUGAACCAGAGGUUGUGACACAAAGUGCCACAAUUCUAGAUGAAACCAGCAGGAGACCAACCUCACCAAACAAACCGUUUUCACUUGAGGGAUCCGUUGAGAAAAUGAGAUAUUCUUUGAUUUCUGGCAGUCCUUUUCAACAACACAAACAAGUAGGCCAAGUGCAAACCUCAUCUCAUAAGCAAUACACUCAACCCAAUGUGUUUGACCCAGAUAGCAUAAUGCUUCUGAUUAAGAAGGAACCAGAAGAUUCUAAGACAGCUGAAUCUUACAUUAGCUUACGAAACUUCCAGGAAGAUAGUUUGCAGAGCGUAGGCAGUGUUUUGUCUACAAUAGCAGUUCUUUCACAAGCUCAGGAUGCAUUAGCCUAUCAAAACAUGUCUAGUUUUCUAGUUCCUGUCAGAAUUCAAAUGCAAGUGCCAUCCUACGGACACAUAACAUACACUAGUAUAUCUCAUAUCCUCGAUUCUCAACCACAGAACUCUAUCUCAUGCAUAGAACACAAAAAAUCCUCCAGUCAAAGUCUUGCUGAUCUCAUGCCACAAACUAGCAUAUUAUAUGAAUCAUCUGAAAAAUUAGGGCACCCAAGGCGACUUUUGCGCAGCCCACAAGCAUCACCAGCAAAGCUUAAUACAGGCAUACCUUUGUCAUUAACCUCCAAAACCAUCUCAACUACAGAGGCCCCCAGUGGUGGGGCAAACAAGCGCAUGCUCUCUCCUGCAAGUAGCAUUGAACUCUUCACUGAGGCAAAGCAGCAAAAACGAGUCAAAGAUGAGAACAUUUAUGGCCAAAUUGUCAAAGAGCUCAGUGCUGUGGAGUUAGGAAAUCUCGAAGUUGACAAAGAAUGUCCCAAGAUAAGUUUAAAAUUAGAAAAUACAGAAGUCCCGCAUAAGCAUUCGCAGGAGGUAGAUAUGGAGUCCAACCUGGAGUUACAAUCUUCUGCUAGUAUUCCUCAAGAUACUGCUAUGAUGGAGCGCAAACCAACGGCAGAACACCUGAUGAUCAGUUAUCGUUCUUCUAUAGGUGCUUUGCUGUUGUCUCAGUUUUCAGGUCUUCACACCACUACUUGUGUGAGCUGGUGCUAUCUCAACUUCACUAAGCCAAAUAGCACAAAAACAGCUGCACAUUUCUCGGAGUAUGCCUCAUGGAUUGUGAGAUGCCAUAACCCCAACCCACCCAAUCUUAGCACUGGGAUGAUUCUUGCUCUUCUCCGAUCCAAACAGAGGACACAAAAUGCUAUUUAUUCAGUCGCUACUACGUAUCAACCUGGACUACUUGUAACCUCUACCCCCUGGAGACCAAAGCAAGAACAAGUAACUCUGGAAUGCAGAGAGGAAGAUACAAAACAUGACGUGAGAUUAAGAGAAGUUAGCCAGAGAGGCAAAUCUUUACGAGAGGACAUUGCUCCCUCAGUAGGACAACCCGAACCAGCCCGUGUGAAGAUUUUUGAAGGAGGGUAUAAGUCGAAUGAGGACUAUGUGUACGUGAGGGGCCGUGGUCGGGGAAAAUAUAUUUGCGAAGAAUGUGGUAUUCGUUGCAAGAAGCCAAGCAUGCUCAAGAAACACAUACGAACUCACACAGAUGUGAGACCCUACAUCUGCAAGUGCUGCAACUUUGCCUUUAAAACUAAAGGUAAUCUCACCAAGCAUAUGAAGUCAAAAGCUCACCUGAAAAAAUGCCUUGAACUUGGAGUUUCGCCCACAGCCAUGGAUAAUACAGAGGAUGCAGAUGACAUCCAGAAGUCCUUAGAUAGCAGGCCAAUGGAAACAACCAUUAAACAUCAGUUCUCAGAUGUGGAGGACUCUGAUGAAGAUGGAGAUGAACCAGAUGAUGAGGAAGACGAUGAAUGCGAUGGUGAUUCUACACCAAAAACACUGUCCAGAAGCACAAGUCCUCAGCCAUAUGCAGUCAGCAAGCCAUGUCUGUCUAGCUGUCUCAUGAAGCACUUGGACACAAGCCGCAAUCCACCUAAGGAACAACUUGAAAUUUUCUCUUCGAGGAUUGAGGAUGAUCUGACCUUGGAGCAAUCGAGCAAAUCUUUUGAACUCUGCCCACCUCAGCUGCUGUCGCCUUGCUGGGACUCACCUCGUCAGAGGUACAUAUGCCCAAGAGGAGACCUGUCACCACAACGCCAUCUGUUGUCAACCUGUGAUUCGUCUCCUUUGAGGGCCAUUUCUCCAAGGAGAGAUCUGUGUUUCAGAGGGGAUUUCUCACCUGUUUUCCAGCUUUCACUUGUAAGGCCAAUGCCAACAGGGGCUGACCCAUCUGGUCAGAGAGCGCAGUCUCCAUUAGGUCGUCAAAAAGUAGUGCUUAGGGCUGUGUCCCCACAGAAGGGGUCCUACCAGCACAGGGCCAACAUGGAACAGGGAAGGAGUACAAGAUUUCAAAGCUCUCCCCCAAGACCAGUCAUUGGAGUGCACUCAGAAAAGAAAAUGGAUCGAGAAGGUACUCUGAAUCUGUACGUUCCUGCUGGCCAAUGCAGCCGUAAAGGCCUGUCCACUUCCCUACAGCCUGACAUCCUCAGCCAUUUGCCUUUGCACUCUCAAGGACAGGUGCCAACACCUGUUCCAAUGAUCCCUAUUGGGGGCUUAAGGAUGCCCUCUACAUCGACAUCUGGUGUUGCUCAGGAGAGAGAUUCACACCCAUCACUUCCACAGGAGAACAUAUCAGAGAUGGCUAGUUCCAGCCGGACCUCAGCCCCUGUGCCAGAUCUUGGAAUGUCCUACGGUGGAGAGACAGCAACCUCCAACCCUGGACUUUCUAGCAAAUAUGAUAAAAAGGAGGAGAGUGUCUCCAUCUGUGCAAAAGCUAUUGCGUCUCUCAGAAUAACAACUGAAGAUGCCACUGAUAAGCCUCCUAAAAGUUGAUUUUUAGCAUUGUACAAACACAUUCAAAAGAUGAAUUCAAGUAAAGGCCAGAAUCACACAACGCAAAUACGCAAACACGAAGGCUUGGCCAGCACAUUGCAAGAGUGUGGUUCUGUUGAACAUAUCCUGCAUCUUGGUAACAAACCUCUGUACUCAAGGGGGCGAUAGAGUUACCUUCAAAUGUCUGUGCCAUUAAAUCAGAUGUGUUAUUCUUCAGGUACUUACUAUAAACAUAUCGACUUAUUUACUCUGAAAAUGCAAUGCAUACUUGAAUUCAGGAACGCAACAAUGCAAGAAAUUGAGCUUGUGUAGCUUGAAGCAUUCACGUAUUUGCGUAGACUAUGUUUCAGGAGCCUGACCAAGAGUUUUUGGAGAUUUGGUAACAAAUAAUACACAGAAUAUGCAUGGCAUCUCGCACUUAUGUUUAUUUCAGUGCACAUGCCAUGUUCCCUAUACCAGCCAUGCCAGUCUCAAUUAUACAUGCAGUUUAUAAAGUAAACAUGAAGCCGAUAUUUACAAUACAUGCAAAAAAAAUAUCAGAUCAAAUAUUUAAUUAAACCAUGUAAAUUGCCGAUCUGAAACUGCGUUUCCAAGAACAAUGUAAACAUUUUCUUUAGGAAGUUAUAUGCAUCAUCAUCAUCAUCAUCAUUGACUUCUGCUUGUGCCUUUAAGAUGUUUGCAAAUCCCUCAAUGAGAGAAAGUCAUUAGAUGUACCCUGUUUAUGCACUUAAAUGUAGUGUUGGUUAUUAAGUUGAACUAAUAUGAGGUUUUGUGGUUGCUUUUGAGAUUGCACUUAUUUAAAUACAUUUAAAUAAGUUUGCAUAUUGCAUUAAGCUGUGCUGUUAUUGCCUUUUAUGCUAUUGUAUAUUUUUGCUGGCACCUUUAUAACUUAACUGCAUUAUAUGCAUUGAAGAUAAUGAACUGAAACGUGUGGAUGAUAAAUUAUUUUAAAGAAACUUUAGGUUAAACCUUCUUCACCGUAUAGUAUUUUUGUAAUACCUCGUUUCCUUCGUUAAUCGUUAGAUUUUUUGGCACUUAAGCAACAAAAUGUCAUUACAAGGCAUUUUAAUAUAGAUAUGCAUAUAACAUCAUAUUAUUAUCUAUCUAUGAAUCACAUAUUCAAAUUACUAUUUGAAGCACUUUCUUGCUAGCUGAUAGACUGAAUGCAGUGUCAUCAAUAUUGGAGCUAUUUUUAAUCAUUUUAGGUGAUGAUUUUAGAUUGAUUAAUCAUAUGACACAACAUUCCAGUCACUGUUAAGUCAAUUAUAUGUUCACAUUCAUGCACACCUAUGUACGUGUUUAUACAGACAGGUAUACGUGUGUGUAUGUACACAAAACACACACAAAAUUGCUCUAAUGUACUGUAAUCACUUUUUAAGAGUGUUUUUAAAAAAAUGGUACAUAUAUGGAGGGACAUUUGCUUUUUCAGGUUUUUUCUUGCAAUCUAGGGGUCUUGAAGUUGUCUGACUGUUUGAAUGUAUGCCGUUUUAGCAUAAGUCAUUUUAAAUGUCUUUAAAGAAGGUAUAAGUGCUCUCUGAUAUUAAACGUACUGUUAUCAUAAGUAGCAAAUGGUAUAGAAACGUCCCAUUUCAGUUUGUGGGAUUUACACUGUAUUAAUAGUUAUUAAAAACACUGAGAUGGUGAAGUUAAACAGUUUAUUCUGAAAGAAUGUUCAUGUCAUGUUUACAUUAUUACAUAUGAAAGAUUUUGAGUUAUGUAGGCAUUUUAGAGACUACAACAUUGUGUUAUUUGUCUUAAAGACAGAUACAUGGUCAUCAUAUAGAUAUUCAUGAUAUUUCUAUUUUGCCCAUAAAGGCAGCUGAUUUCUUCUUAUUGUUUAUUGUUUAUUUUUGUUGUUGUUUGUUUUACUGAUUAAAGAUGUCCUUUAAAAAAAAA